AAAAUUCAUUUAUUGCGAGAAGCUGACGCCGCUAAUGAAAAUAAGAAAUUAAAGAAAACAUAAUGGGUGACUACGAUUCGGAUGAUGAAAAAUCCCAGUUAGAAAAGUUGCAGCAUGCGAAAGUGCCGCGUGGAAUGUUUGUUAGCGGCUGGGACGAUGAUGCCGACGAGUUGAUCGAAGAGGAUAAAAAUCCCCAAGCCAGCAUUGAACGCAUGAUACUGUGGGCCGUGAAUGAGAACCGCAUCAGUGAGGUGCGGGAAAUCCUUCAGCUGGAUGCGGACACAGUCAACGCUCGGGAUGAUGAUGGAUACACGCCUCUGCAUCGCGCCUGUUACAACAACUUUGUGGACAUUGCCAAGCUGCUGCUGCAGUACAAAGCGAAUCCGAAUGCACGCACUGAGUUGGGAUGGACGCCAUUGCAUUCGGCUUGCAAGUGGAAUAAUGCUGAUUGUGCUCAGCUUCUGCUGCAAUUUGGCGGAGAUGUAAAUGCCGAGUCGGAUGGUCAGCAAACUCCUUUGCACAUCACAGCCACCGUUUCCAACUGCCGCAAUACGGCAACGGUGCUGCUCCUGAAUCGCAAUAUAAAGGCGGACAAGGAGAACAACAGCGAGGAGACAGCUGCUGUUAUAGCACGUCGUACAGGCAUGAGCUACGUCAUCUUUGAGAUGGGCAAUGAGGCGUACGAUUGCGAUACGGGACUGAUAGACUAAGAGUCGUAUGCGUUUCAUUAAUAUAAUACUUAUUGUUAGUUUUA